GCCAUACAGUCACACUUCGUUGGACGCACCGAGUUGGAAAGCAAGAGCCAGAAGUGACACCCAUCACACGACAACUUACGAAGAGCUUCAGAAGACAGCAGCCAGUAGCAUUCAAGAAAGAAACAUGGCAUUGACAUGGGUACUCGUGGUUGCCUGUAUGGCUUUUGGUGUGAAUGGAUAUGGAAUCCAAGUUGACCAGCCUGUCUGUGAUGGCCAGCAGCUGGCUUGUACCUACUGCUUGGACACAGUCACAUUUCUCAAAAGUACCGUCGACGACAUCGAUACUGGGAAUGCGAUUAUGCAGUUCAUGUUGGUGAUUUGCGACUUCAUGAAUUCGUCGACCCCAGCACACAAAGCAUGCACUGAGCAUUGUGAGAGUUUUCCGAUGAGGAUGAGGAUACUGGCUGACCUCCUGAUGGCUCGCCCCGAAGAGCUUUGUGGCUUCGUCUGUGUCUCUCGUGGUCGACCACUCAGCGAGAAGUGCAUAAAGAAGCCUGUGACCAGCGAAGUCGCCCUGAACACUAGUGACAGCAUGGCUUGUGAAGUAUGCAAGAGCGUACCACUGCUGGCACAACAGGUCUUGACUAGCAAGGGGUUCUUGGAUGCAGUGGUGAAGUUUUUGCUGAUAAAUUGUGACCUACUACCCACUGGACCUGCGCAAGUCAAUUGCAUCGAGCACACCAAAAAUAUCAGUUUGAAGAUCCAGCUCUUCGCUGCUAAAAUGAAUCCAGAUACUGGUUGCAAGUUCAUUUGUGACAUUUAGACGAACUAAAGGAACCCGUGAGGAACAGAUCUUG